CAAGUUUAUCACCACCUCAGCAUCUCGAACCAAUGCCACAACCAACAUCACAAAAUGCGUAUCCCACUCGAGACUCUCCAAGAUGCUGAAGCAUUCAUGCUUAAGCUCCCCGAAGCCGACCGAAUACGCCGCUGUUCAAAACUCUACAGCGCUGAGCCUCAUCUCUCAGGCGAUCUUGCACACGCCGAACGAAUCCGUGAUCUCUGGAUCAGCUAUGGUAUCUCGUCCAAAUUAGUCCGAUAUGACGUCCUCCAGAAUACUCCGACGUGCUCAUCACUGUCACUUUAUUCAGAAGAUGGAAAUGUCACUUUCGUAGCUGGGUUAGAAGAACCGGUAAUUCCAGAAGACCCAACUUCUUCUCCUUCGAAUGGUUUCCGUCCCUUCCACGGCUUCAGCGCCAAUGGUAAGGUAUGCGCUGAACUUGUCUAUGCCAAUUUUGGCACUAUUGAGGAUUUCAGACUUCUGGCAGCGAAGGGCAUCUCGGUCAAAGACAAGAUUGUGAUAUGCAAAUACAGCAAGAUAUUUCGAGGGCUGAAAGUUCGUGCUGCGGAAAAGUAUGGUGCUGCAGGGGUCAUUAUAUAUAGCGAUCCACAAGAGGACGGAGAAUGGACUCAGAAGAAUGGCCAUCUUCCGUAUCCUGAUGGACCGGCUCGCCAUCCGUAUAGUGUUCAAAGAGGAAGCGUGGAUUACUUUUCGAUCGCGGUUGGUGAUCCGACGACGCCUGGGUAUCCUAGUUUACCAGGGAAAGGGACGGAGAGGAAAGAUCCCGGUGGAGCUAUUCCUAAAAUACCGUCGUUACCUAUCUCUUAUGCGGAUGCUUUGCCAUUUUUGAAGGCAUUGAAUGGACUUGGAUGGAGCCCAGACGAGAUCGGUGGAAGUGAUGGUGAUUGGAAGGGCGAGCUGGAUGGAGUGGACUACUUUACUGGGCCAAGCAAGGUGGAGGUUACGCUUGAGAGUUAUGGUCAUUAUGAAUACACACCGAUUUACAACGUGAUUGGUACCAUUGAAGGCACUUCCGAUGAGCUGAUUGUUAUGGGAAAUCAUCACGACUCGUGGUCUUGUGGUGCAGUUGAUCCAGUCAGUGGAAGUGCUGCCAUGAACGAACUUGUCCGAGGGCUUGGAAGACUUGUGGAAAUGGGAUGGAAGAAUGAACGAACGAUGCCAGUUAGCUUUAUCCUAGCUUCGUGGGAUGACGAAGAGUACGGCCUGCUCGGCUCAACAGAGUGGGUAGAAGAAAAUGCCAAAAUGCUCUCCAAACAUUGCGUUGCUUAUCUCAACGUAGACGGCGCAACCAAUGGCGGAUCGAUCUUUGGAGGUACAGGUAGUCCACUCCUUGGUUCCAUUCUCCGAUCAGUAGCAACACUUAUCCCAUCUCCGACCUCAAGCAACAAAACUGCCUAUGAUGACUGGCUAGCCUCUUAUCAGCUCUCAAACCCAGACGCCAAAGUUCCACAUCUCGAAUUAAUGGGAACCGGGAGUGAUUACACUGCGUUCUUUGACCACCUGGGUAUACCUAGUAUGGACUUUCGCUUCAGUGGAAAGAGUAGUUCUGUUUUCCACUAUCAUUCUAAUUAUGAUAGCUUUUAUUGGAUGGAGAAAUUUGGCGAUCCUGAUUUCAAGAAACAUACGAUGAUAUCGCAAGCAUGGGGCGUGCUUGCGGUUCGUCUUGCUAAUAGCAAGAUUCUUCCUUUCGAAGCUGCGGAAUACGCUUCCACUCUGGAGAAAUAUGCAUCAAGACUCAGCGCUCAGGAUAAGCUGAAGCUUGAUACGAAGCCACUUGAGGAAAGCAUUUCGAGAUUCAAGUCUGCGGCAAAGAAAUUGGACGAUUUGAAUGCAAGUGUGUCUGCCAGACUCAACGAUGAUGAUGGUCCAGUUUUCGAGCUUUCUAAGGACAUUGCGAAAAUAAACCAGAAACUUAGAAGCAUUGAGCCUGGAUUCAUCAUCGACGAGGGCUUACCGGGGAGGAAAUGGUUCAAGCAUAUCGUCUUUGCUCCUGGACUGUGGCUGGGCUAUGGAGGUGUAGUAUUCCCUGGUAUCCUUGAAGCACUAGAUAGUGGAGACGAAAAGGAAGCACAUAGAUGGGUGUCCAAGAUCGCGGCUGCUGUUGACGCGGUCACCAAUUCACUGUGAGCCUUGAGUCAGGAAUGUGAACUUUCUAUUGAUGCGAGUCUGGCUCAUGGUUAUUGCGCUGAACUUGAGGGCCCAACUUUCGGCAUUGUGCCCUGCAAUUUUAGCGACAGUUCUCUGUAGCUUUACCCACACCUUCUGACGAGAAGAUGCUGUGAGAACGUAACCACGCUUCAUGUAUAAUUCCACCCCACAUUCGCAAG